AUGGAGCCUCCGUCAGGUCGAGAAUUCCCGCCCAUGGAGCAUCCGGAGAUCAUCCAUCCUGAUAUGGCCAACUCCGCGCCUCCAGACGACCUCCUGGAGCGCCACUAUCCCGUAAGAACUACUUCCGACUACGCGGAGAACUACGAUACCCCGAUCCAGACAACACCCGUCCCCAUCGCCUCCUCGCCGCCUCAAUCCCAUGGCCUCGCUCCGUGGGCAAACGCCCCCAUAACCCGUCCACGGGGUUCCAGCAUGGGCGCCCAAACGGCUCUCGAAAAGAUGCCCCCCGUGGAUGGCCACCCGCUGGCCGCCGAGCGACCGCAGCGUCCAUCGGGUCCCGCCAGAACACCCUCGAACACCUACGCGCCCCAGCGUCGACCCCCCCAAUACCACUCCUUCCAGGACGAGCGGCAGCGGUCGUCGUCAGCGAAGCGGAAUUCGAGACGAGACGCCAAUACACAGUACCGGGCCCAGGAGAAGGCAUAUGUGCAGCGCAUUCGAGCGAAUCCGCAGGCAUGGUACGAUCGAUUCGACGAAGCACAGAAUAUGACGUCGAUGGACUCGGAUUUUGAGGAGCCGUCGCCGUCGUCGGAAGUCCCGUUCGAAGACGACGCGUACGACCCGGAUAUCCAACUUUUUAUCGCCCGUGAUAACCAGCCGUCGAUCGAUGAAUUGAAGAAUCCGAAAAAUAAGGAGAGACUGGAAUGGCAUUCGAUGUUGGCAUCGGUUUUGAAGGGUGAUGUUGUCAAGCAGGAGAAACAACGGCUUCUGGGGUUGACGGAUACCAAGCGGUCUGCUGCUCAGAACAGUGCCAUUUGGCUAGGUGUUAGAGCAAGGACCUGUGGGCGGAGUAUUGCUCUCCAACGGAAGCUCAUUGAAGAGGCACGAGCGGGUCUUGGGCCUCUAAUUGAGGAUAUAAUUAAUUUCGAGAUCAAAGGAGAAAAGGAAAUCGGCAAACCGGCCAUCAAGCAAGUGGAGGAUGUUGUCCAACAAAUUGAAAAAAUGGAGAUGAUGUACUCCACUCAAAAGGAACUCGAGAUAGCCAACCCCCGUGUCGCUUCCGAAGAAUUCUGCUCGAGCCGCGACGCCGUGUUUGCAUGGCACAACACCACAGCACUCAUCAACACCGAGCUGGCCAUCCUGCAAAAGUGGGUUGGGAACAACGAGCUCGAUUUUGUCAAGGCCAGAGUCAGGCAUCUUAAUAAUGAUCUGGCCGAUGACUCGUCUUUCCUCGAUCGCAUUAUGAAGGAAGAUGGGCUCAAAACGCUUCAAGGGAAGCACAACAUGCUUCAUGGCAUCGGCGAAGUCAUCCAGAAAGCCAAGAGCACCUUGAUCGAGAAUGCAAGUUCAUUUGCUAAACGCCAUCUACCCCCAUACAUCGAAGAACUUCUCACCCUUAUCAACUUUCCCUCGCGUCUUAUCCAGGAGAUCAUUCGAGUCCGACUUUCGUAUGCCAGAAAGAUGAAAGACCCCGCCCAGCAGUCUCCGAUUCUUGUCGAUCAAAUGAUCUCGCAAUUUCAGAUAUUGAUGAAGGUUGCAACCGACAUUAAACAGCGCUACUUGGAUAUCUCCAGACCCGAGCCGGGCUGGGAAUUGCCUCCGUGCAUCGAUGAGAAUUUCGACACUGUCGUGUUGGAUGCUAUGAAAUACUACUUCCGACUUCUGAACUGGAAAUUGAAUGCGAACAAGAACACAUUCAAGGAAGCGGAAAUUCUCGAGCAGGAUUGGGAGUUCUCGAAUGAAGUCGGUCGUUUACUGGAGGGUGGAGAUAUCGAGGUGGCCGAACAAUUCAGUGCCUUGACUGCAAAAUCGCUUCAACGACUGAUGAUCCACUUCGAACGAGAAAUCACCGUCCGAGAGGAUGAAGACCCGCUUGAAAUGGACAAACGUUAUAAGAGUGUCCUGGAUUCAACACGAAUUCGUCAGCGCAAGCUUUACCGUUUCUCCCGGUUCUUGCGUCAGCUCUUUGAGAAUGCCACCGAGUACAAUGUGUCUUCUGAAGUGGCAUAUGACUUCUUCGAGGCUCUCCUCGCAUCGAACCACUUUCUGGUCAAGUCAGACUCUGGCCCCAAAGGCAUCUACAUGUUUGCCCACCAUGCGUUAUGGGGCCGUCCGGUUGAUAUCCAGGCUAUUAUGGCCACUUCAUUCCGUGAAGAAGAUUCCACGAAAGACUCACCUGCUACGCCCUACAUUUUGGUGGUCCGUCCGGAGAAGCCUAUUACCUGGACUGGACGGGAAAUGGAAGUGGAGAUGCUGGAACAACCCGCAGACGUGCGACUAGGCAAGCUUCGUCUUAUUGUUGAAGGAACGCAGCAACGCCUUUCCAACGCUAGACUCGAAUUGGCGCAACUGACCGGAGUUCAGCUCGACAUGGCUGUUGAGCAGCGUGCUAACCUGGCACGUGUCAAUGUUGAAUUGAAUAAGAUCAAGAAGAUCUCAUUCAAGUUGUCCAUGACAAUCAUGGAUAGUGUGGCCAUUAUCCGGCAGCAGCUGAAGGAGAAACGUGUAGAAAACCAAGAGCUUAUCCAAGCCUGUUAUGCUUUCGCAACGGAGUUCGGUAAACGAUCAUCAAACUACGUGGAUGCCAACAGACAUGCAAUGAACAGUGCUCGACUCGUGGAGUUGUCUCUUGACUGGGUCUCGUUCAUUUGUGAUGAUUGUGAUGCCGCUGAUAGAAAAACAUUCAAGUGGGCUGUGGCUGCACUUGAAUUCGCAAUGGCAAUUACUUCUAGCAGACAUCUCAUUUCCAUGGACGAUGCCCAGUUCGGUCACUUGAGAUUGAAGGUCGCCGGUUGCAUGUCGCUCCUCAUUUCUCACUUUGAUAUCAUGGGAGCCCGAUCCUCCCUUGCCGCCCAGGCUGAGAAGAAACGGAUAGAAGAGCGCGUUGGAAGAGGAAAGUUUGGUGGUGGUCGGAUACUAACGGAUGACGAGGCCACCAAAUUAGUCCGUGAACAACGUCUGGCUCACUUGACCGCUCUCGAAGACUCCCGUGUCGAAGAAGAUGCGAAGCGCCAAGCACUAGGAAAAGUUUUGGAGGGAUCCAACGAAGCAGACCGGUCACUCACCGUGCUUUCCUCAUCAGCCACCAAUGUCACUCUGCGGUGGCAGCAAGGUCAGUUCAUUGGAGGCGGUACCUUCGGUUCAGUCUACGCUGCCAUUAACCUUGACAGCAACUAUCUUAUGGCCGUCAAAGAAAUCCGUCUACAAGACCCACAGCUCAUUCCCAAGAUCGCCCAACAAAUCCGCGACGAAAUGGGCGUCCUAGAAGUUCUCGACCACCCCAACAUCGUCUCCUACCACGGCAUUGAAGUCCACCGCGACAAGGUCUACAUGUUCAUGGAAUACUGUUCCGGCGGCUCCCUCGCCAGCCUCCUCGAACACGGCCGCGUCGAAGACGAAACCGUCAUAAUGGUCUACGCUCUCCAACUCCUCGAAGGUCUCGCCUACCUCCACCAAGCCGGCAUUGUCCAUCGUGACAUCAAACCCGAAAACAUCCUCCUCGACCACAACGGCAUCAUUAAAUACGUCGACUUUGGCGCCUCCAAGAUCAUCGCUCGCCAGGGCAAAACCGCCGUCCCUAUGGAUGCUUUCAACGCCGUAGGCCACAAAGAAGCCCUCGUCCCGCGCGAUGCACAGUACACGCACCAACGCAAGAACCAGAAAACCAUGACCGGCACGCCAAUGUACAUGUCCCCCGAAGUCAUCCGCGGAGACGCCUCAAACUUCGUCCACCGCCAAGGUGCGGUCGACAUCUGGUCGUUGGGUUGCGUGAUUCUCGAAAUGGCCACGGGCCGUCGUCCCUGGUCCUCGCUUGACAACGAAUGGGCUAUCAUGUACAACAUCGCGCAGGGCAACCAGCCCACUUUGCCGCCGCGAGAUCAACUCAGCGACCCCGGCAUCGACUUCCUACGCCGCUGCUUUGAGUGCGAUCAAAUGAAGCGGCCUACUGCUGCGGAGUUACUGCAGCAUGAGUGGAUUGUCUCGAUUAGGCAGCAGGUUGUGCUUGAGCCGGCGAUGCCGGGGAGUGAGAAUGGGGGGAGUAUGAGUGGGAGUGCUAGUUCGGCGUCGGGGAGUCGGAAUAAUUCGUUUUAUAUGUGA